UGCUGUACGUGAAUUACCAUUCGGGGUGGUGAAAAUUGAGGCUAUUCGGACUUUUGCAAGCUCAUGAUUAAGUUUGGAUUCAUGAAAACUCAUCCUAAUUGGACGAUUCGCGCAUUGUUCUAUUGGAAUCACAAAGAGCGGUCCCCGCGAUGCGCACAAAGACAACCUUAUGGACUCGGUUUAUGCCCAUAGUUCUUUAUAGUUCAACGUUAUCGACAAAGGAAGGUCGAAUGCGGUAAUCGAGUAACCAUCACAACUUCGGCCAGUUGUUGAUCGCAGGAUUUGCUUCCGUAUUAUCCGUAUUAGCAACGCUUCAACGAUAGAGCUGCAACAUCGAGACUGGUAGCCACUGAUAUCGGCGGUAAAACAUCAAUAUUCCAGCGAUGGAGAUGGAGAUGGAUAUAGACCCACCUGAGGUAUCAUCAUACACGCACGAACAGGGAGCAGGACCCAGCACCCACGCACACGGGACCAAUACUCCUCGUUACAUACCCCCUGAACACACCCUGGAAUCUCCAACCUUCAACCCGUCACCCAACUGGAGACCAUCAAGCUCCAUCCCAGCCCAGCCCCCACAAAUCCACGCACCCACACCCCGCCGCCGGCGCAUAGGCGGCGGCCUCGCCGUCCAAACCCACACCCACGGCUACGGAACACCGAGCCCGACGCCGUCUCCCUCGCCCCGUUCCCCCGGGGACCACGACGACUGGCGCGCGUCCGCGGACGCGCUGCAGGCGGAUAUCGCGGCGCAGUUCGAGGCCGAGGACCGGGUGGCGGCUCCGGGGGGUCGGAGGGGGCGGAAGAGGAAGUGGGAAUGGAAGGAGGAGCGGAAGGGAAAAGGGGAGGAGGAGGAGGAGGAGGGAAACGGUGGGGAUGGGGAUGGCGGUGAGGGUGAGGGUGAGGGACAAGGGGACGGGGACGGGGAUGGGGAGGUGGAUAGGCUUCUGGAUAACUUAGUUUGGUGGUUGGCUGAGACGAGGAAGAGGCGGAAACUGGGAGGGAGGUAGGGUUAGGAGGUUUGGAGGCCCUGUCUCUCCUGUUAUUACUAAUCCGUUAGCGAAUAUUUCUCGUUGGUAGGCUGUGGACUGUACCUAGAUAAGUAAUAUAUCGAUGGGAUACUCCCCGGGACUGCCCUUAUGGAAGUGGAAGUGGUAGCGAGCAGAUAAUCUACGGAUAAGCGCCGAAACGGGCUAUUG